CGAUAUUCUUCAACGUUAUUGUUCUCAGCAUCGGCGACACAAUGGCAAUCAGACCCAAGACAACAAGGCCCGACGCCGGGUCAUGCGCUUUUUUUGGGAUCCGUCGCGUCGUCAUCGUUUCUUCUGCUCCUGCAUCCACUGCCACCUUCACCUAGCUGAAGCCAUGCUGGCUAUUCCCAUUUUUCUCUUCCUUUUCAGUAGCGCGUCUGUGGUCGCGGCUUCCAACUCUUCUGUAGUUUGUAUUGCGGGGCAAUGUCUGCAGGGCACUUCCAACACUACUCUUGGCGUCACACUGUCUGCGGACGGAGAACCGACAAGUCUUCUAUUACUUCCUGGCCAAUAUUCGGCAACGACGGACCCACAACUUUUACACGACAUAAUCACCUCUAAAUCUGCAUCUUUGUCUCCUUCACCGGGCUUUGAAAAUUCAUCCAAGUCCCUUAGUCUCCCUUUGAACGUAGCCCUCUCGUCUGGGAUAGCCAUUUACUCUGAAUCCCUCUAUUCCGGCUCCGUGGGGUUCACCGCUCUCCCAUCAACUCCUGCAUCCAAUGCCACAACGUCCAUCUCCGCAACAUCACUGUCACUGUCGUCCAGUGUGUGGGCGGUAAUUAAUGUUGGAAACCAUCGUGUGGUGUUUUGGGAUUCGGUGCCAGACUUUGGGCAAUUGCCUCUGUCUGGCUCACUUGCCCUUGCUGACCUUCAGUCAUCUACGUGUUCUCCAAGUUGUUCGAGUUCAGGUGUGUGCUCUGCUGCGGGAAACUGUACUUGUCCAACUGGGUUUACGGGCGAGUCCUGCGAGUCCUGCGCGUCAGGCUUUUUUGGUUCUACUUGUCAGGCUUGUCCGUCUGAUUGUACGAAAUGUGAUGAGGGUAUUUCGGGGACCGGCAGGUGUUCGGUUGCACAAGUGUCUAAUGCACCGUCGUCGUGCAAUUGUAUAAAUGGUGAAUGCGGAUCUAAUGGCGUAUGCACCUGUACCGAAGGCUUCACGACGGCCAGUAAUGGGACUGCCUGUGCGGCGUGUGCUUCUGGAUUCUUCCUUACAUCCGCGGGUGAUUGCAAACUCUGCCAGUUGGGUUGUUCUUCGUGUGUGGAUACGACAGGUACCUGUCUUAAAUGCGAAACUGGCUUUACUCAGGAUGCGAACGAUAAAACAAAGUGCGAUGCACCUGAGUCGACAACGUCUUCGGGCACUGUGUGUCCUGACGGCAGUUUCAGCAGCGGGACGAGUUGUACUGUGUGUUCGUCCGCUUGUCAGACAUGUACUGGCGCGACGUCGAACGAUUGUACGCUUUGUGCCUCUGGUACCUAUACGUUCAAUGGCAGCUGCGUUUCUGCCUCCUCCACCGGGGUUUGCGAGGGCACGAGCCUCAUUGCGGAUAACAACAAGCAUGUUUGCGAUGCCUGCGGCGCUAAAUGUACUUCGUGUGAAAUUCAGAACUUCACCACCGCUUCCACAGUUGACGAGCUGAAAUGCACCGGCUGCAUUCCUGGCUCUUUUCUUUCUGAUGGCCAAUGUAUCGACAGCUGUCCUACUGGCACCUUUGUGUCUCCGAAGGAUAAUGUUACCUGUACUAGCUGUGAUUCAACCUGUUCCACUUGUUCAGGAUCGUCGACUUUUUGUUUGAGCUGCGUUAACAGUCUACUUGCCUCCGAUGGCAGCUGUGUUAGCUCGUGUCCGUUCGGCACAUUCUCAUCCUCUGGCUCGUGCCUCACCUGUCAUCCCGAUUGUGCCACUUGCUCGGGAUCGUCGUUCAAUCAAUGUUCCUCAUGCUCUUCCAGUCGUCCCGUUCUUAACAACGGGCGAUGUCUCCCUACCUGCAGCAAGGCCCAGUACUUCGACACCACAUCUUCGUCCUGUGUAUCAUGUCAUUCGACCUGCUCCACAUGCUCUGGUCCUGAUGAAGAUGAAUGUUUGUCAUGUUCUAGUUCUGGUCAAUAUCUACGAUUGGGCACCUGCGUAAAUGCAAACUGUACCAGCUCGACAAGCAUUAUUUCUGGGCUAGGAGUCUGCCUGUCAGACCUUGUGCUGGUAGCUUCAUCGACUAGUAGUUCAGGUAGUCCGGUGCCCUCAAUCACGGGGAUAUCAGACCCUACCGUCGUGAGUACCACCACAAACAAGUUGACCUGGUGGCAAAUCCUGCUCAUGACACUGGGAUGCGCAUUCAUAUUCCUAGUCAUCGUCUAUUGCUGGCGCCGUCGAGCCCGCAAGCAACGAGCUAAACAGACUGCUUUAUUUGCAUCUGCAAAACAGCUGGACCGUCGUUCCAACUGGCGAUGGCGACUUGUCAGGUUUGGAGAGAAGCUGUUCGGUCACUGGCGUAGUCAUCGGGCCCAGCAUUCUGAUCCAGAGAGCGAGACGAUCAAGCUUGUUCAGUUGCGUAACGCUGAAGAGGCACGACAUCAUGACGAGAUUAAUAAGCUCAUCGGGUCCUACGCACAUCCCACCUACGCUGACUCUCGGAAUACGUCUUCUUCGGCAGUGCGUAGCCGCAAUCCAUCGAGGGCUGGCCAUCGUACCCCAAACAACUCGAGUCGGCUCUCUGGACCUUCAAUAUACUCACAGGUCACUGGUAUGCCAAGACAAACGCCAGAAGUCCGGCAGCCCGUGAAGAAGGAACAUAUGACGAGGUUUUCGGCGAGCACAUUUAGUAAUUCGCGGAACUCUCGCAAUCGUGACUUGCUACCCCCGCCUCCGCGAUCUGAUGCACAGGCAUAUGCCCAUGCCAUUCGUGCGGAUCCUGCAAAUGAUAGGCUCAAGCCAACUCAUACUGGGGGUUCGCGAAAUCCUUUCUGGAAUUGAUUGGCGAAUGGACAUAUCUUUCGCAUUAACAGACUGUCCUUACGUUUACACCUCUCUUUCAUUCGGGACGGUAAAUUAUCUCCUCUACUCUUAUAUGUAGAACUCGUUCACUCCGUGGUUAUGAUAUUUGAUACUCCACCUGAAUCCUUGUUUGAUAUCAUCCUAUACCCCAUAGAAUAUCUGUAGCAAUUAGUACUGGGGGUAGACACGAUACAUCUUUGAAAUGACGAUCUGUAUGAAAACUG